UGCGUUGCGCCAGCCAUGGCCCAUGGGGCAUGGACCGAUCCAGCUGUCAAGCAACAACGUAACCUGAAGCACGCGUGCGGUGACAUAUGGCACCGCUGCAAACUAUGUAUAACGGACAUGGAAGUUGGCAGAAAUCUGUCUCCGUUUCGACGGCUGUUGCGUUGCGCUGAUGGAUUCAGCUAUCAGAAUACGGUUGCUCUGUGGAACCAGGCCGGUGCUUGGUGGCUGGGAUAUUUACAGGAUAUUACGGCCGACGGGAAUUCUGCGUACGUGGAAUUCGACUCCACGAAGACCAGUGCGCGCUGGAUUCCGACGUGCUUCAUUUGGCAUUUGCCGUUUGUCUUUGACAACCGGUUGCUGGUAGGGUGGAAGAAUAUGCCGGUGUGGGUUGCGUUACGCGAUGAAGUGGACGGGCCGCUGCGGUUUCGCCCGGCAACUCUGCUGGGCUACGCUGGUCUGUGCCGCGUGUAUUGCGUAAGGACGGAGAUUCGUGGCGUGAACGGCCGCUGCCCAGUUGCAAGCGUUGAAGUGGUGGACCGCUGUCAGAUUGUCGCAAAGCUCCCGUCCGGCGAAAUGCCUAAUGUGCCUAUCCAGGAUGGAAGAAACGUGUUGACCUACACAAAGUACAUUAUCAAUUUUCCCGGAGCAGAGUCCGUUCUUCAAGAGGCGCCCGAUGUGUACCGCAUCAUCACUCAUUUUCAUAAAGGCUAUUACGAGCUUCAUCAGGAUGUUGACCGAUUGUCGGACGGCUGUCGAUUUCACCUUAAAUUGGGCUCGAAGGCGUGUACCUUUGUGGUCAUCGCUCAGACCAAGGACAUACCCCUUCGGCAGCAAAUAGCAGAGUCUCUGCAGCGCGUACUGCAACGACACUUGAGCGGUCGGGCUGAUUUACCGCCUUUGAGUUACCGGAACAGCAUCGCCGCUGAAUUAGCGUGGGGAACUGGAGAUGCUGCAGAAACCAGCAACUCUUGUCCAGAAGCCUGUAUUUGGCAUCUUCCGCAUUUGAUUCUAAGCGAAAUAUUCGCUUACAUGGACCUGCAAUACGUACUGCAGCUUAAGCGGGUUUGCUCCUUGUGGCAUGCAGUAAUAACCGAUCCACGGACCCGCAACGAACACAUCGUAAUCAGUGUCCACGACUGCAUUUUCACGGAAUGCGUCGACAGCAACAACUGCUACAGAGUGGCCUUCUUGCUGCAUCAUACCGUCCGCUCAACAACCAAGAGCCUCACCAUCGUUGGCCCUGGAACUCCCGACCACACAUUCUUUCUACAGCCUUGGCUAGACGCGGCGGAUAUUCGACUACCCAUGGUGGUUAUAAAAGACGCCAACUUUCAGUGGACUAACCGGAGAUACGAUGAAUGUUCCGCCCUGAAGCACAGCAUCAUGCACCGUAUACGCCCCUUUAAAGACCACUGCCACACGCUGCUCCUGCACAACUUCACCGUAUCCACGCUCUUUUGCCGGAACUUGAAUGAUCUGCUGCAUAUGGAUUACGAGGAUUUAGUGCCGCUACCGGACUGUGAACGGCGAUGGAUGGUACCGAGAUCGGAUGUCCUGCGAAGGGCGCACGGAAACCUGCUGUCCAUGGAUACUGCGCAGAUCACACUGCACCGGCUCAUUCUGCCCUGCCGCAACGGCUGGGAUGAGGUCAUGAGCCGGCUCAUGUGCGCCAUCGACGCCCAGUUCCCUAGGUCGGCGGUGAGUGCCGAUGUUUACGCGAAAGUGCAGACGGUCCACGCGCGGUGGGUGGAGAACCUCAGCUACCCGGACCAAUGGCAGCGCAUUCGCCAGCUGCUGAACGUAUUCAGUGGAUUCCAGUCCGACGGGACGCUGCUCCACUGGGACGCGCUGGACUUACGCAAACUGGAGGUGCGCGCACUGAGCCCGAUGGUCCUGUUGGCCAUCAGCGAGGUGUUUCUUGUGUGACGCCGAAGAGUACCUGUUAUGUUGUUUUCUACUGCUCUAAAUAGAAACCUCGAUAUAAUUAAUACUGUUAGGAACAACGGUAAGGGAUUGCCUGGAUCGGCACUGCAACCGCAUUGCAACCCCGGUCGGGCGUGCGCUCCAGUACUUUUGGCAGCGGCGGUUGAACUGGGGAAUGCGGUAUAAAUACCAGUAUGGCGACACUGUAGCUUUAUAGCUUAGAGCCUUUGUUUCACAUGAACACUAGAAAUGAAUGUGCGAAUUCGUCAUCACAUGCAGUUGCACAGAAAAUUAAGUAUUUACUGUAAAAAAGAAAACUUUCAAACACGCAGCGCAAAUAAAUAAGGCAAUGGCAACAAGCAGCUGCCUACUGCAGUCAGUAUACUGCUAUGUACCGCACUCCCGGGGUGGGUAUACCGUAUACGUAUACCGGUAUACGUACCGGCGUUCCCCUCUUCCUUAUACUGUCACACAA